GCGCAAAUUCUGCCUUAUCCCGCCCCUAUUUACCAACCGGAAGUUAACAGGCUUCCCACAGUGCCUCGCGAGUAGUGGGCAUGAUAGCGAAUUCGGGAGGGUCGCACGCGGGUUCCGCUUGUCGUUGUUGGGGUUCUGUGGUGCCAGGGAGUCUCUGCGAGGUUGGGGCCCGGUCACUGCCUUGUCGGCGGGUGCCAUGGCGCUUCUUCGGGGCGUGUGGGGCGUCUUGAGUGCACUGGGAAAGUCCGGAGCGGCGCUGUGCGCGGACUGUGGGAGCCGACUGCGCUCUCCUUUCAGUUUUGUAUAUGUACCGAGAUGGUUUUCAUCCACCUUGAUUAGUUACCCAAAGAAGCCUAUGACUUCAUACGUUCGAUUUUCUAAAGAACAGCUACCCAUAUUUAAAGCUCAGAACCCAGAUGCAAAAAAUUCAGAACUAAUUAAAAAAAUCGCCGAGGUAUGGAGGGAACUUCCUGAUUCAGAGAAAAAAAUAUAUGAAGAUGCCUAUAAAGCAGACUGGCAGGCAUACAAAGAAGAGAUAAACAGAAUUCAAGAACAGCUAACUCCAAGUCAGAUGGUAUCUUUGGAAAAAGAAAUCAUGCAAAAACGUUUAAAAAAGAAAGCAAUAAUAAAAAAGAGAGAGUUAACAAUGCUUGGAAAACCGAAAAGACCUCGCUCAGCUUAUAACAUUUAUAUAUCUGAACGCUUCCAGGAAGCUAAGGAUGGUUCAUCACAGUUAAAGCUGAAGGCUGUAAAUGAAAGCUGGAAAAAUCUCUCUAGUUCUCAAAAGCAAGUAUAUAUUCAACUUGCUGAAGAUGAUAAAAUUCGUUAUUUUAAUGAAAUCAAAUCUUGGGAAGAACAAAUGGUUGAAGUUGGACGUAUUGAUCUUCUCCGACGCAAAAUGCAGCCCCAGGCAAAAAGCACUGAGAAGCGUUAAAUAGAAGAUUAUGUUCAUAAUGAUAGAUAUAAGAAACCAAUUAGGUCUCAAUACCUGAAGCUGUUGUACAAUUAGAAAGGAUAAAGUUGGUAAACAUUUUAUACUUUAAUUCCUUUUUCUUUAACCCAUGAACUUCUGCCAGUUCAAUACAUUUUGUAUUAGUAUCUUGCUUGGAAAACCCAAACAGAUAAAAGUUCAUGCGAAAUUUAUUUUCUGUUUAGGAACUUCCAGGGAUCAAAAUAAUCCAUGAAAUGUAUCAGAAAUCAUUGUACCUUUGAUAAAGGUGAAUCAGACUGUGAAGUUUUUUAUACUUGAUGACUGUGGAAAGACUAUUGUUUCCUUAUAUUAUGGAAGCAGGGGUUUCCUGUUCAGAAGUAUCCCAAAUUGUAGACAUGGUGUUCUGUGAUAUAAUUGUGCAUUUUUAAUAAAGCACCAAGAACUCAUCUAAGUAAAUGCCAAUUUCUAGGUAUGAUUCAUUUUAUAUUCAGAGUUGAUAGUGGUACAUGCAAGAUUCCUGGUUUCGGUUGCAACUUUUUGUACAAGGGAUGGAGAGAUUUAUAAACAUUUGUCUUUUUUUCUAAAGUAAAAACUAAGAAAUUAUGUACCAAAUCUAUGCAUAUUGUUACAUAUUGCAUAGAAUAAAUUUUUUGUCUUUCAUAAUUACAUGUUUUAAGGUGAAACAUUUGUUUUACAGCUUCUUUCUGUCUUUUUUUUUUUUCAAGCAGGGAUUUGUAUUCUGAAUUAUUUUUUUCUCUCUCAUGUGAGUGUAUUUAUCCAAAAAGUAGAGAACUUGUUUAGUAAGUUUUAAAAUGAGAGAUCUUAAAAACAAAGUCUCUAAAGCCUCUAUACUUGGAAUCUGUAAUUUUUAAACAUUUUAUAUAACAUAUAAAAGCCUAUAUAAGGGACAGCAAACUCUGGCCUGUGGGCCAAAUCCAGCUCACUGCCUGCUUUUCAUGGCCUGUGAGCUAAGGAUUGUGUUUACAAUUUUAAAUGGUUAAAAAAAGUAUUUCAAGACACAUGAAAGUUACGUGAAGUUCAGUGUCCAUAAAUAAGGUCUCAUUGGAAAACAGCCAUAUUCAUUCAUUUAUUUAUUUAUGGCUGCUUUUGUGCAACAAUGACAGAGUUGAGUAGUUGUUACAGGGAGUAGCAUGCAAAGCCUCAGAUAUUUACUGUCUGAUCCUUUACAGAAAAGGUUUGCCAAUCCAUGGUCUACAGUAUAGUGCAGUGUGACAAGUGUUCCAGCAUAUUCCUGUGUUGGGAUAGGUUUUUAGACUGUUUCAGAGGUUCUUGUUUUUAGAAUCUGUCAUCAUUGUCUUAAGAGGAAAGAGGUCAAAUUACAAUAAAGAAGCUAAACGAACCGAACCGUUGUGCCACAGUGUUAGCAAGAAAAAUAAUCUUUUUUCAAAUUAUGUUGCAGUUUAAUAAAAAAGAUCCAUCUAGUGUGGAAUGAGAUUCUCUUAAAUUAUUUGUUAUGGCUGGGUAAAAUGUACCUUAAAAGUUUUUCCAGUUAGCACCUACCAAAAAACCUUAACCGUCUUUUAGCAUUUGUUUAUCCUCUUAGAAGAGUCAAGUAAAAGUUUUCAAAAUCCACACCACCUUUCUGAGCAAAAUAAUUCAUCUUUUGUCAUCAGUUCACAGGAAUAGGAUAACUCAAAAUUUAUAUGUACCUUAUGCAAAAUAUUUAGAAAUUCUAGAUUUCUGAUCUGAUCUCUAGAAAAAAGUUUGAAGAUUUUGUACAAAGUCAUGAAAAGAUAACUUGUUAAAUAAAGACCAAACUUGACAAAGGUAGGGACUGAAGAGAAAAAUACAACUUAACAGAAAGCUUAAAGAUAUAAAGUUGGGCGUUUUCAAACGACUUUCUCCUGUGGUUAUGAAUACAGGUCAAAGCUGGCUCUUAGUUAAAGAGAGAUACCAUGGGGUAGAGGAGUUGGAGAAGAAGAGGCGUGCUAGUGUCUAUCAGUCUUUCUCAGUUUGGUUUCCAGGAGAGAAUUAAGCCCGAAUUCCCUUUGGCAUUUAUUGUAGAAUGGUACUGAUUAUGUACCAUACUUAGGAGAAUGAAGAAAAUCACUGAAAUCACUUACUGUGUUCUGUGUUUCAGGUGAGCCCAGGGAGCACCCAGGAGUCAGUGUUUAUAGUAUAGGAUGGGUGGGGUAGAGAAAUGGGUUAUGUAAACAUCUGUAGGACAAAACGUAGUAUAAAAUAUCUGUGCAGUUACCUUUUCUGAGCUCUUAGCAUUCAAGUACCUAUACUGUUUUAUACAGAACACAUCAAAUCAUAUUUUCUCAAUUAUAUUAGGAAGUUCGUUGUCUAGAAAGUUCUCAAAUAUUUACAACUUAAUAUAGGAAAAUAAGUGUGAAAUGGUGAAAAGAGAGCAAAAUCAUUUUAUGAUAAUAUCAAAUUUUAUUUGGUUUCUUUUGUUUCUAAAAGAAUGUUUAAUACUUUAAAUAUGGUAACCUGAUUUCAUGCCUUUCUUAGUAAACUUCAGUACAUGUUGAAGACUGGUAUGCCUUAUACCAAAUGCCAUCCAGUUUAACAACAUGCAUAAAUUCUAUAUUGUUAUAAAGAAUAAGAACUUACACAACUAACCAGUGGCAAUUCAUAAUAAAGCCAUGCUUUUUAGACUUAACUGACCCAACAAAUUAAUUGCUGCAGAAGCUAAAGAGGAACGCUAGGGGGAAAGAUGCUGAAGAAACAGUGUUUAUGCUGUUCUGAGCAUAUGCUGUUCAGAGUCAGAGAGAUUUUUAUACUUUUGUUCAUUGGCGUACCAAUAUUAGAUUUUUUGAAAUAAUUUGGUGACAGGGUUGUGUGAUUAUUUUACUUUAUUUAAAAGAUACUGUGUGCAGACUCCGCCUACUGUAAUUAAUUUUGCUGUUGUGUUUUUGGCUAACUCCUUUCUUGGAAAUGCCAUUUUUUUAACAAGCUGUAUUUUUUAUAGUUGCUCUGAAUGUGUAUAUUUAAAUUUCUGAAUUAAAAUACUAUUGAGUUGAUUUAAAGUAGCAAACUUUAUUGAUUUUCUGACAUUUACUGUACCUAAAAUUAAUCACUGGGAAAUUUUGUAUAGUUAAGUGAUAGUAUCCGUUGUUUUUCUUAAUUUUAUCAAUUUUUUCUAUAAGAAUAUUUUCUCCCUUUGUUUCCUUUCCUCACAGCUACUCUUUGUCCUCUUCAUAACACUAAGCUCUUACAAAUAAAUUUGAAAAUGUUA